UCGUAAGUAUCGCGCGUUGCGUCAUUUCCUUUCCCGCGCAUUGUUCGCCAUCAUUUAAUGAAUUAAAACUUUUAAAGUUUUUUUUUACAAAAAUUUAUAAUUAUUUGUGAGCAGUGUGAUAAGUUCAUGUGUAUCAAUCCAUCCACGUUCCAUAUAGUGAAUAGUUAAUAUUUUUUUUAUUAUUUACGAAACAAAUGACUUAACACACGAUGAACACAAUGAAGGAGCUGAGUUUAAAAAUACCGAAAAUGCCGACGCGUAAUGUCCUCACGGGGGCUGUCGUCAACUGGGAUGAUGACGAGCUCGCUGGAUUAGGAGACACACCAGAGAACCUCACUCUAGCUUGGAAGGACCUAUCUGUAUACAGAAAGAGAAAACAUCAGUCAAGUAUUUGGCGAUCACCGACAUACGAAGAAGUCAAAGUCUUACAUGGAGUGAGCGGUAUCGCAUCUUCCGGCAACUUGGUCGCUUUGAUGGGAUCAAGUGGUGCUGGUAAGACGACGUUACUGGCAGCCAUAAGUCGUCGAGACAAGAGCGCCAUGACGGGAUACCUGAUGCUGAACGGCAGAUUGGCUGGUGCUGACCUCAUCGCCAGGAUAUCAGGCUUCGUGCCGCAAGAAGACUUAUCUAUUGAAGAUCUAUCGGUAGCAGAGCAUAUGGAGUUUAUGGCACGAUUGAUGAUGGACAAGAGAUCGUCAAAAGUUACUCGCAGUAGGCGAGUUCAACAAUUGUUGGCAGAUCUUGGUGUGGCCAGCUGUACCAGAACGAAGCUGAAGGCACUCUCAGGGGGGGAAAGGAAGCGAGUAGCCUUGGCUGUACAGCUACUAAAUGACCCUCCAAUCUUAUUUUGUGACGAGCCUACUACGGGUCUAGAUAGUUCGGCGGCCAGUGCUGUCGUGUCAAGAUUAAGACGGCUCGCCAUUGGUGGAAAGUUAGUGAUAUGUUCCGUCCACCAACCGGCGUCUGGAGUAUUUGAAUUGUUCCAUCAAGUGGUGCUUUUAGCCAAUGGGCGUGUCGCAUUCCAUGGGACUAAUGAGCAGGCUGAUAAUUUCUUUGCAUCCCUUAACUUCAAAUGCCCAGUUGGCUUCAAUGCAGCGGAAUAUUACGUGUCGCUACUCGGAGUGCAGACAGAUAAAGAGAUGGAAAGUCGAGAUCGUAUUAGACGUAUCUGUAACGAGUACCAACGGUCGGAAAUAGCUGCUGAUAUUGAGCGACGGGUUGGCGACGUUAAGGAUGAAGUAGAAUAUUUCAACGGAACUGGAGAUGGAAAGAACACACACUUCGAGCGAUAUCUCACACUAGUCAAAGUAAACUACUUCGUCCAAUUCUACUGGUUGAUGUGGAGGAAUAUACUAUCGAUAAAGCACAACAAGAGCAUAUGGAUAGCGGAGUUUGUACUUCUAAUGUUCGUAGGCCUGAUAAUCUCCAUCCCCUACCAUGGACACUUCCAAGAGCUGGACCAGCGUGACAUACAGAAUGCUGAGGGUCUGCUCUACCUCACCAUCACCGAGACAAUUUUCCUCUUCAUCUACGCCGUCUUUAUAACAUUCCCAAAAGAAGUGCCGAUACUGCUUCGAGAGACUGCCAGUGGACUGUACUCUCCGCUGCCUUACUACCUUUCGAAGAUGAUAUUUUGGAUACCCCGCGCUGUGAUAGAGCCGAUUCUGUUCGCGACCCUGGUAUUCACAGUGGCUGGUCUCCAAGGCGGCUUCGCAAACUGGGUUGGCUUCUGUUUCGUUUGCGUACUCUGCGCAAAUUACGCAAAUGCAUAUGGAUCGUUCCUAUCAGCUACAUUCGAAAAAUUGGAGACAGCUGCUCUUUUCGCUGUACCCUUCGAUCUGAUCGGCAUCAUGUUCUCCGGGAUCUACCUCAACCUGAACAGCACCAACAAAUACGUAGCCUGGAUCCGUUACGUAUCAGGUUUUUACUACGGCACGGAGGCCGUCUCCAUCCUCCAAUGGGAUAGCAUUACUUCAAUUAAAUGUGUCAAACUGCCAGGCGUGCCGUGUAUUAAAACAGGAUCUGAAGUCCUCGAAAGGUUUGGAUUCGUAGACACACAUUUCUAUAGGAAUUGUGUAUGUUUAUUUAUAAUGUACUGCGUAGGACAUUCCAUAGCAUUUUUAAUGGUUGUUAAAAGAAGUAGAGGAACGCCAGUAUAUUGAUACUUUAACCCUUUGUCCGUUCUUCUGUCAACAAAAUAAGAAAUAUCGUUAAGCAGUUAUGUAGCAGAUGGCCAAAACUGGGGAGGUAAAUAAACAUACCUAGAUUUAUAAAUGAAGCGUCGUCAUAAAAGCUUAGGCCUUAGCGGAUACACUAGAUGGGCUAGAGCGCUAGAGGCGUCAAGUCUGAAAGCCGUGUCGUCUGUAAAUUUUGAUGAAAAUAUAAAUUUUGACAAAAGAAAUUAAAAAAUUGAAAUCGGAACCAUUCUCUUGCGGCUCACACUUGACUUAUCUUUUGUUAGGAAAUUGUAACUUUGAAUGUUUGCCCCUUUUAUAUUUCUACAGAAGUAGGUAGAGACUAACUUACAAAACUUACCAUAGCCUUACUAACUCACAGAACAUUCGUGAAAUGUGAAUAAAUUAUUCAUCUGUCA